UGGUGUUACCUCAGCUAGAUUAAUCCCUUCACCCCUCAGGGCAGCUUCCCCGCUGCAGACAGGAGUCACCUCUGUUUCCACAGGUUUUCAAUGCGCAGGGGUUCAAAGCGCGAGCAGAGGCGUCCCUGGCCGCUCCCGGGGCCCCGCCGCGGCGGCGCUGCCGGCCGUAGACUCUCGCCGCCUUCCCCCCGGCCCGGCGGGGCCGAUCGCCACGGCGGGGCGGGGUAUCCUCGGUUCGAUACGGGGCGCCGGCGUCCUCGGGCAGCACUGGACCCGAGGCGGGGAAAGCCGUACCGAGGGGAGCAGCAGCGCCAACCCCCAGCCCCUCAGCCCGGCGAGCGGCGGCCGGCAGAGCCGAGCUCUUCCCUCGGCAGCGCAGCACCGGGGACGGGCGAAAACUUGCUGUGCAGCAAGCGGAAAGGAGCAGCAAGCAGCUCCGCACCGGCGGGGCGGGGCGAGGAGGGGCAGGGCAUCCCACCCCUGCCCUGCCCAGCGGCGCGGACACCGACUGGGGACGGCGAAGGAGAGCGGCGAGGAGUCCUGCACCACCCGCCCUUCUUGCGCCUGUCGGAGCUCCCGCCGGCCGGUCCCCGCUCUCCUCUCUCCUUCGCCGGAGAUCCUUGAGGCCUCUCUGAUCUUCUGACAUCUGUGACUAGCUGUUGCUGAAGAACUGUACAUGACAGAACCUGAAGGCUGUACAGAAUACAGAAUUACAGAAUACAGCUCUUGAGCUCAUACACCACAGUGUACCUAUUUUCUCUGCCUGUGGAUGCUACUGCUACCAAGUACACCUCUUCUUUCAUACUACCAGGCACUUUUCUGGAAAUAAAAAUCACAAAGCAAUCCAGCACGUUCUCAUCCAGGAGUGUAAACCAAGACUGAAUUUCCAAGGCCUGGACAUCAUCUCUGAUUUUCGCUCUGUGCUUUUGUGAAAAAGAUGUCAAAAACCACAAUUGAGAACUCAACUAACCCUCACUCAGCUCUUCUAGGUCUGUUGCUGGGAAGCAUUUCACUGAUCACUAUUGUCAUGAAUAUAUUAGUACUAUGUGCUGUGAAAACUGAAAAGAAGCUGCAAACAGUUGGCAAUUUAUACAUCGUCAGCCUCUCUAUUGCAGAUCUGAUAGUUGGUGCAGCUGUUAUGCCCCUGAAUAUUGUUUAUCUCUUAAGUCCUGUGUGGACUCUAGGUUUACCAGCCUGUUUAUUCUGGCUAUCAAUGGAUUAUGUGGCCAGUACUGCAUCCAUUUUCAAUCUCUUCAUAUUGUGCAUUGAUCGUUAUCGUUCAGUUCAGCAACCACUGAAAUAUCUCAAGUAUAGAACAAAAAUGAGAGCAUCACUAAUGAUUUUGGGGAUUUGGUUGCUCUCUUUCCUGUGGAUCAUUCCAAUCCUAGGAUGGCAUGUUUUUGCUAAUGGAGAAAGGAAAGUAAAGGAAAACAAGUGUGAAACUGAAUUCUCGGAAGUCACCUGGUUUAAAGUUUUGACAGCCAUUGUCAACUUCUAUCUACCCUCUAUCAUAAUGUUAUGGCUCUACUAUAAAAUAUUCAGAGCUGUUCGAAAACACUGUCAGCACCGAGAGCUAAUCAAUGGAUCAUACCGGUCUUUCUCAGAAAAAUCCCCUAUACAUCAUAGUAAGAUGAAGGAUGAGCUAAAUAUUUGCCUCCAAAAGCAAAUCUUAGAUGAGGACACACCUCCAAAAGACAAGCAAAGCUCCCCUCAGCCCGAAAAUCUGGAGGCAGAGCUUCAUUUCAGUAAUCCUGACAAGUCUUCAAAGGCAUUUCUUAGCAAGAGUAAUAGGAAAUUCCUUAAAUGGAGCUGUUUUCCUCUCACCACUACCCAGUCUGAGCCAGGCCUGGAUAAGGCAGGAAAGAACUGUGUGUGUGUAACAAAAGACAAUGGAAAUGAAGAGGAGCCUUGCUCACAAGACAGUGACAUAAGUGAUGGAUCAGACAACCAUACUUUCACAGAGGAGGUACCCUGUAGAGAACACUCCAGUCCAAACCCUGAAAGAGCCUGCAGCCCUCAGGAAAAGACUGGGAACAGAGAUUUCAGAGGACUGAGUUACCUGAGGAAAACCUGGCAAAAUCUGCAUACUCAUUCCAAAAGGCACAUUCAAGGACUGCAAGGGAGCAGGGAGAGGAAAGCUGCUAAGCAGUUAGGGGCCAUAAUGGCAGCCUUUAUGCUGUGCUGGAUUCCCUAUUUUGUAUUAUAUAUGGUAAUAGCUUUCCAUGGCCAUGAACAAUUUUCGAAAUUGCACAUGUUCACUAUAUGGCUUGGCUAUGUGAACUCCACCUUAAAUCCAUUCCUGUAUCCUCUUUGUAACCAGAAUUUUAAGAAGACGUUCAAAAAGAUCCUUCAUAUUCACUGAUACUGGUCUGAUUUUUUUGAGCUAAAAAGCAGCUCAAGAGUUCAACCAAACAAAAUGUUCCCGUUUCAAAGACAAACACCAUGGAUAAAGUAGAAGACUUUGGAAAAUGGUCAUUUAUAAACAAGUGUUAGUAAAAGUGGGAAACAUGCAUUUAACAGGUUUAACAUAUUUGAAGAACUGAUUCAGAUCAGGAAUCUGAAAAACUCAGGGGCAGUCUCAGAACUGUUAUAUGUUGUACACAUUUUACAAUUUGAGAUUACCUCUCUCAUGAAGAACAAAAACUGGAGAUACAAAUAGAGAUCUUCAGUGAUUAUAAAUUAUUCAGCUACAGGAAAGGAAGAAAUAGAAUAAGGUUUCUGUGAUUGGUGAAAUAUAUUUUCCUCUUUCAAGUUACUCCAUUAAACACGGGAACACAUUGCUUGUGAAGGGAGAUCUGCAAGAAGAGGUACUUUGCAUAGUCAAAGAAAGAAGCUUCAACUGUUUAAAAAAAUCUACCCUAUAGAUUUAUAGAUUCCCCCAAAUCAUAAACCUCUUUGAAAUGUCAAGUCAUACUGUAACCUGCCAUAUCUCUCUGAUAUCAUGCUUGCUUCACUUAUGUUAACUUCAUGUACAUGUUAACUUCACUGAAAAAAACCACCAUAUUUUUGUGUCCUAGAAAUUUUGCUUAGACUUCCCAUGCUCAACAUACUAUCACAAUCUAUUCAUGAAAGGUAGGCUAUUGUUUCUAGACUUACAGAAUAUAGUUGAUUAUAGACUACACAUAUAACCUAAGCAGUGGCAAUACUAAUCCAUAUAUUUUGUAGUAGGCACUCUUCCUACUAUAAUGAAGCAAACUCAUGAGCAACAACUCAAGCUUGCAAAACAGAAAAUAAAAUCCAUGAAGUAUGUUUACCUUUCUAUCCUUUAUGUUUAAUUGCAUUUUAUAAUUCCUGCUGUAAAUGCUGUAAAAUAUUUCAGGAGAAACACACAAUAAUAGAAUACUUUAGGUUGGAAGUGAUCUCAGGAAGACAUCUAAGUACAACCUACAACUCAAAGAUGGGCUGACUUUGACAUUACAUUGUGUUGCUCACGGCCUUGUCCAGAACUUGAAUGACAAGCAUCUGUAAAGUGAGCUUCCUCUGGAAAAGCUGGGUGGCAGCCUUGACAGAGAAGUUUUCAGCUAAGGUUCACUCUACCAACUUUGAGCAUUCACUUGCUCAGCCAUUGAUUUAACUGUUUCUAAAUACUAAUUCUCAAAGUCAGACAUGCCCUGUCACACAAAAGGAAUGAAUCCCCCCUUCUUUAGUGCAGUCAGGUAUAGAUUUGUUCCCAAAGGAAGAAAACAUAAUUCCUCAGCAAAGAAGUACAUAGCGGCAUAUGUCACAUCAGCUAACUUAUCAGGAAGCUUACAACUUCACAGAAAAAUUACACCAAAAUAAAAAAAAAGAGUAUACAGAUUGGGGAGUGGGGAGGAGAAUUGAGGCAGAGGAGUUCUCAGGCCCUAUAUUAGCUGAAUAUCGCAAGACUACGUACCGCCUUGUUUGUGGCACACCAGUAAAGCAUUCAUUCUUCUGCUAUGGAACUAAGCAAAAGAAACAUUUUGAGUAAACACUGUGGAGUAUGUUAGUUUUAAGAAGAAAUCCCAGAACCAGAUAAAGUCAACAGCUAAAGUCACAUUUGCGUGUAAUGGUGAGUUUAUGUAAGGCUUUUCCAUACAUUUUGGGCAGGAUGAUGAGAGAGACAUCCUGAAGGUUCAAUGUAAAAAGAAUGUCCUCCCAUUCAUUUUGUAGUGCUGAUGAAUUUACCACUUCCUGAAUGUCUUCUUGCCUCUGAAAUUGCUCAGUUAGCUUAACAACAAAGUUCUGAUGGAACUGGAACUCCUUCAAGUACUGUCAAGAGUUUGGUGGGAUGAGCUCAAGGGAUGUUCUCUGUAAUAUCUUUGUUACAUCAGAAGCGAAAAAUGGUAGUUUAAUGGUUGGAGGAAUUCUAUGUUCUUAAUUAAUGAUCUUGAGCUACUUAGAGUCCCUCUGUGCCACAUGUGCCUAUUUCAUAAAGUGAAUAUGACAAGACUUACAGUAACAAUGCAACACUUCAGAUGUUUACAUGACGCUCAUAAAAUUUGGAUAUAAUACACUAAGUGCAAAGUAUUAUUCUCUGUCAGUUUGAUUUCUCUGAAUUAAACACUUGAAUGUCAAUAGCUGUAUUUAAAGUUUCAAAUAUUAAAUGAAGCCCUAAUAUCUCUGCAUUUUAAUGAAAUGGAAAAAUGUGUUAAAGGAAUAAACUUAAAUUCAGUCUAUUUCAAUGCAUUGUACGAGGUUCAGAGAUCACUUGACUUUGGUCUCAAGUAGCAUGCAAUUAGCUGCAAUCAGGGAAUUCAAAUAUAGGAGAAGAGAAGGCAAAAUACAGAGACAGAAUACAGAAGCAGCAAAAUUCAUUCCAGAAUUCAGACAUUUUCACUGCAGGAGCAGUAUCUGCACAUGUAGUAAAAUACAUCUUCUCUUCGACUACAAAGCAGCAUCUUUUGAAACUUACACUCUAAUCUAAUGGCCUUUAACAGACAAUUGCUCAGAUUCACAGCCAUUAUGAUCUUUUUUCUAUUGUGAUAUGCCACAGCAAUUCUAGUCAAAGUGGAUGGUAAUUUAGGUGAUCCCGGAGGAAAUAAAAAAGCAGCACACUAAGUCAGCUAGAUUUAUUAGUAUACACUGCUGAAACAUGCUCACCCAAGGGCUACUUAGAGUUAUCAAGAAGUCUAUCCUCUUGAUCAUGACAAUUGCCUUUUCUGACUUUAAAAUAUAUUAAUACAUGAAACAGCAACCAAAACCAAAUCCCUGAAAAUUAGUCUAAAAAUUAUUAUUAUAAUAAAGGAUACCUUUGGUACCAUUACAGAAUCACAGAAUGGUAGGGGUUGGAAGGGACCUCUGGAGAUCAUAUUGUCCAACACCCCUGCCUGAGCAAGUACACCCACAGCAGAAUGCACAGGACCGUGUCCAGGAGUUUUUAAAUAUUUCCUGUGGAGUAAGUGAAUGUGGCCUCCCGUGACAGCACUUAUUGGAUGCAAACCAUGGGAUAGAAAAACAACCCACAAAACCACAGAACUGAGGCCUUGAUAUGCAGGACAGAAGGUCAGGGGCACAGCUGGAGCACCGAAGCAGGAGAACGCGCUUAUCUAUGUUUAUAUCAUACAUGGAGCUAGUGUAACAGGACACAUUCAGAGGCAGAGAGAGGGGAAAAAUACUAGCUCAGGAGGCAGACUAUAUUACGACUGAUCUUUUGUUAAUAAACGACUUUGGCUUUGCUUAUGCAUGAA